ACGUUUUAAAUUUAUUCGCCAAAGAGACCUUGUCCAAAAAUGAUCCCAAUAAGCUCAUCAAAAUUAAAUAGGAAACUGGCAAGUAAACCCUUCCUAAAUGAAGGACUACCUGCCAGAAAGUCUAUCGGUUGUCUUUUUCUUGGCAUAAUACUUGGAGUUUUUUUAGCCGGAAUACUCUUUUACUCGCUGAUGAACGAAGACUGCCGGAAAAGUUCGAGGAAUAUAAUGAGCAUUAUUGGAGUGGAAAUACCUCAAAACAAAAACGCCACAUCGAAAUUGGAUACUGCCGCAAAAAAUGUAGAAGAGAGUAGCGUAGCGGUUACACAAGAAACCCCUGCUGAAUUUAAUAAAGCUGAUAAUAAUUCAACAGUUUCAAUGCCCUAAGAUAUUAAUUAAGUAAUGAUAUAUGAAAUAAAUAUUCUAUGAUAAAAUGAUAUGAUAAAAUAUUGU